AUGUGGAAUUACAUCAACCACGGCAGCAAGAACGGCGACGACGGCGCUGCCAGAGGUUUUUCCAUUGAGACGCUGCCGGCCAUCACCAGCUUCAAACUGGGGAACAUGUCGACCUUGCAAUUCCUCUGUGUGACCUUCAGGCGUUCGCAGCCCAACUUCUUCGAUACCCUGCUGAGCACGUUGCCUCACGUGACCGUGGCGGCGCGAGAGAAGAGUGCCAAUUUGAAGUCCAGCAUCCAGCAGUUUCGACAGGAGUUGGAGUUUGCCGAGCGGGAACUGCAUCAACUGGAAAAGCAGGAAGGAGAGCUGUCCGCGAAAGAGUCCAUGCGAGUCUUGGUAUCGCAGCUGCAGCGCGAAGUAGAUGAGUUGACGGAAGCAGUUGAUACUGCUUUUGAGCGCUGCGUGGAACUGCAGAAGUACUUCUGCACCGAGGACUCCUCCAGCUCCACCCCGGUCUUCGAGAACUUCUUCCAGUGUCUUCACGACUUCCUGGAGACGCUACGGAAGGCUGCGCUGCGAACGCGGGGAGAACGCAACGGGGAGAACGGGGAGAUGUUUUUGUUGGUGGAUGAAUGGUGCAUGUUCUGGGAGUCCAAUGGGCGUGGCGUGAGACCGAACCCGCCAAGCCGCGCAGCAGCGGCGUUCCCGGGCGGCCGGGACCGGCCGGAAAGGCGCCGCGGGGUGGGAAAUCCUGCAGCGAAAAUGGCGAAAUAG